AUGAAUUCAGUUUUUUCUUCGCAUUUUCUCCUUUUCUCUUCUGAUUCAUUUUUCUCUAUCGCUUUCUUCUUUCUUUCAAUUUCUUUCUCUUUUUCUUUAUUUCCUUUUUUUCUCCAUUCUCUUUUUACUUCAUCUUUCUUUUUCUUUCGUUUUUUCUUCUCUCUCUGUACGUUUGUCUUUUGUCAUUUUUGUUUACCUAGAUUCUUUUUCCUUUUCUCAUUUUGCUUUUAUUUUAACUUUCUUUUUUCUUUCACUUUUAUUUCUUCCGCUAAAUUUCAUUUGUCUAUAUUCGAUCCUAUUUUUUCCUAUUUUUCCAUACUUCGCUUUUCAUUUUUGUUUCCCAUUAUUUUCUUUCCUUUUUGUGUUUUCCAAGUUCCGUUAUUAUCGUUCUUCCUUUUACUAUAUUUUUCUGUUUUGUUUUCUUAUGAUUGCUUCCUUAAUGUCUUCGUUAUUUUUUCACCACAAUGUUUACCUUCCUUUUUUAUUUUCAUUUAUUUUUACUCCAACUUUCUCCCUUGUUUUGUCACAGCAGUUUUCUUUCAUUUUCAUUGUACAAUUCUAUUGUUAACUACGUCCAUCUUGGGCAAGCUGGAAGGCGACUACGUCACUCGCUGGUCAGACAAAUGUUCGGACGAGAGAAAGAAAGGUGCGGCAGGUGCCUUUUCUUUUGCCAUCUUUUGUUUGUUAGUUUGUAUGAGUUCUUGCAAAUUUGAUUAUCGCCGAGCUGUGGACGAGGAGACAAUGUUUUGUUUCUAUUUCCUUGAUGUCUUUCCUUCGCUUCUUUUUCUUUUCAAUUCUCUUUUUGCUUUCAUAAAUUCCUUUUCUUUUCAUUCGUUCUUUUAUUUCUUUCCUUUUCUCUUUUCUUUUUUCCUCCCAUUAUUUUUCUUCCUUUUUCUUUCCUCUUUCUUUUUCGUCAUACUCCUUUACUUCUUUUUCUCUUUUUUCUCCUUCUUUUUUUAUUACCUCUUUCCUUCUUAUUCUUUUUUGCUUCUUUUUUCUUUCAUCUUCUUUUUUCUUUCAUUCAACUUUUCUCCCAUUUUCUCUUUCCUUUCUUUUCCUAUUCUUCUCUCUUUCAUGACUUUCAUCUCUUUUUCUCUUUCCUCCUUUCUGUUUGCUUUUUUCUUCUUUUCUCUCCGUUUCUCUUUCCAUCUUUUUUCUAGUUUUCUUUUUUCUCCUUUUUUCUUCCAUUUUUUUCCUACUUUUUUUCUUUCAAUGACUUUUUCAUUUAAUUCUUUCUUUUCGUUUUCUCCUUCCGUCCAUUAUUCUUACCCUUUCAUCUUUCAUUUCUUACUUCAUCCUUUUUCUGUUUUCUUUUCCUUCCAUUUGUUCUAUUUCUGUUUUUUAUAUUGCUUUUCUUUCUUUCUUUCUUUUUUGCUUGAGGAUUCCUCCUUUCAUUUUCUUUCUUCACUGCCUCGAUCUUUUUCUUUUUCCUCCCUCCGCUUUUUUUUUCUUCUUCUCUUGUCGGUUCUUUGCUUUCUUUUCGCCUUUCUUUUUCUUUCUUUCAACUCUUCUUCACUUUCCUCCUUUCUAAUCUUUUUCCUCUUCCUCUUUGUAUCUCCGUUUUUCUUUUUUUCCUCUUUUAAUUUUUCUUUCUUCCUCUUCAAAACUUUUAUUCAUAUUCACUUAUUUCUCGCCACUUUUUCCUUUAUUUUUUCCUAUGUUCAGUCAUUCUUUCUUUUCUUAGUUUUACACUGUUUUUCUUUCUUUCUUUCUUUCUUUUCUUUCUUUCUUUCUCUUACUUUUUUCUUUCUUUCUUUCUUUCUUUCUUUCUUUCUUUCUUUCUACACCUUUCUUUCUUUCCUUCUUUCUUUCUUUCUUUCUUACUUACUUUCUUUCUUUCUUUCUUUCUUUCUUUCUUUGUUUCUACACCUUUCUUUCUUUCCUUCUGUCUACACUUUUCUUUUUAACGUCUUUUCGCUAACCCUCCCCCAUAUACAAAAUGACGUUUUGACCUUCAAUGCCUUUACUAAUUUUAAUAAGUCUCACCAGACAAGCAUCAUGAAACUCCAUUAUCAAAAACUCAACGUCUAA